AUGCGCCUACUUCCAGUCCUUCUCCGUGUGCUACCUCUAGCACCACUCAUAUCUGCUCUUCCCCCCUCUCGGAGCGAUCCGAAUCUCAGCCUCCACCAGUUAUUAGACAUCCCCAUCAUCAAGGAUAUAGCUCCAAUUCUGAGUGACUUUCGCAGCGGGAGGAUAUUGGACGAGAUAAUUACGUAUCUCCUCACGCACAUUGAGGCCAAUUCAUUGUUCCCAGGCCUUCGACAAGUGCUGCAGCUAGUCAGGGACGGGAAGGCUGACCGGGCGGGCUACAGUCGGGGGCUCCUGAAGUCUAUUCAGGCACACCCGAAAUUCGCGGAGGCGUUUGCCUCGCUGGACAAUGAUCUACAGGAUAAGGUUACAGCGUUCAUGAAUGGGGACUCAGCGGAGAGAAUCGUUAAGAAAUGUGGGUUCUCCGUUCCUCUUAGCCCCGCAGCGAAGGAACAUUUUAAGAGGAUGCAGGAGUCUGGGAUUACCCCUAGUUCAAGAAGGUGGCUGAAUAGUAAGCGGGAGACGAGCCCGGUUAUCUAUGAGGACAACGCGAAUAGUAAGCCUAUGACCGUAAAUGCCCCCUUCUUUAACUACUGAGCAGAAUGAGUUGAUCGAGAAUUGGUAGGUGUAUACUGCUGCAGAAUUUGAAAACUGGGGUCUGACCGUCCAACAUACACCCUCUUAUACAUUUGUCCCUACUACUAUUGAGGGAGUCAAGAACCUUAUCAAAUGGGCCAAGGUCAGCAGCAAGCGUGUUCGUGCUGCAGGUUACAGACACACCUGGACAAAUAUGUAUUCCCAGGACGGCGAGAUCCUUCUCUCCAUGUUAGACUUGAGGACCGCAACAACAAUUCCAGAUUGUUCCUCCAUCCUGCCGAGCAAGGAUUACACGGGGAGCGAGUUCAAGCGUAUCGAGCUCGAGGCUCAGGACGUCCCGGGCACUAGUGAGAAGAAGAGGCUAGCGAGGAUCGGCGCUGCGGUCACCAAUGAAGAUUUCAGGAGAUGGGCUAUUGCGAAUAACGCUUGGACUACGCCCUUGAAUGUUGUCGUAGUCGAGUAUGUCUUUCACCCACUAACCAGCAGUUUUUCGCAAACAGCGCUGACAUGGCUAGAAUCACCUACGGUGGCUCAAAUGCUCCCAUGUGUCAUGGCGGAGGCAUCAGGCAUAAGACCAUCAGUGAUUUGGUCCGCAGAAUCGAAUAUGUUGAUGCCAACGGCGAACACCAGAGUGUCACCAAUCCAGUCCAACUCAAGGCUGCAGCUGGUUCAUUCGGCCUUCUUGGUGCACACAAUGAUCCCUCCCGCCCAUACUUCCCACUAUUAACAGCCCACAGGCAUUGUUACCCACAUCACUAUCGAACUGGACGCCAUGAGCUACGCCAACCUUCGGCCCCUAAAACAGGAAAUCGGUCUCGCCAUCCCUCCACCCAAGGACUUCAAAGUCCCUGCUGCAAUCCGCGAGGCCUACACACCUGCGGAACUAGAAGCUGCACGGCAAGACUUUAUCCAGAAAGCCGAAACCAACUAUUAUUCAGAAUGGUUCUGGUUCCCAUACCAGUCCAAAGCUUUUGUCAAUUGUUGGAAUAAUACCGAGGAACCAAGCGGGUUGAUAGACUACCCAACAUACCCAGAUUUAUUCCUGCAAUGGCUGGAAGGGUGGUUAGGUGGUGUGAUAAACGACGAUCCUUUAUUUAGAGCAUUCCCCGGCCGCUGGCAAGCGGUUAUCUUUUGUAUGCCCCUUCCCCUCAACCAUGUAUGAUACGACAAUAACACGAGCGAUUAUUACAAAGCAUCACUCGCAAUGCUCUCCUUACCGCCCAACGGACCCCUAAACUCGCAGAUAAAAACCCAUCUAGUCAACGCUCUCCAUUUCCGCCGCGGCAUACACAACAUGCGCGUCCGAGAUAUGGAAUUGCAGAUUCCGAUUCCGCCCCUGGCAUCAGACCCUACGAAGCCGGACUGGACCGUCGCCCAGCGUGCCUGGUGGGACGCUAUUGACGCUGUCUACGCCGACCCCAAGGCGCCCAUGCGUGUGGCACUAGAAAUGCGCAUUAUGGGAGACAGCGACGUCAUUAUGGCAGCGCAGACCAAUAAUAAAUUUGGAACGGUAAGUAUUGAAGUUUUGACAUCAAUGGCGGCUGCGGCGGAAGGGGUUUGGGAACCGUUCGUGCAGGAAAUUGCAACCAGGUGGAUGAAUUAUACCGGGCCUGAUGGGGGGUAUUUGAACACUAGGCCACAUUGGGCGAAGGAAUGGUAUGCUGUUAUCUCCUUUUUUUCGCUUCGUUUGACGAUGCGGAAACGGGAAAGGCUAACGGUGGGAACAGGGAUGGAAUGAAGGUCCGCGGCACUCCCUGGAAGCAGUAUCUUAGGGAGACCUCAUACAAGGAUGAAAUACCAGCGUUUAAGGAUGCAUUGGCACAGAUAGGUCAGGCACAGGGUUGGGGAUUGCAGGAUUUGAAGGACAGGUUUUCGGUGCCUUUGCUAGAUGAUUUAUUCUUCUAG